UGCGUGCUCCGGCAGUCCGGCAGUCGGCACUCGGCAGUCGGCCUGCCAUCUUGUGUGAGAAUUUACGUGGACUCGGCGACAUAGUGCAUAAUAUAUAGUAUAAUUUUUCAAAAGCACAAAAUUAAAUUUCGGAACGUUACCUAUAGUAAUUUUUCUUUUUAAAAAAAACUGAUUCGAAGGCGUUCAUGAUGGUCGAACGGUCCUCAGUUUCGUCAGAGCCGAUUUCAACGAAAAUCAAAGUCAAAGAUUUAGAAAUAAACUACUUUCAAGUUGGAAAUGGACCACAGAAAUUGUUAAUAUUUCCUGGAGUGCUGGGUUUAAUUGGAGAUUAUACUUCGCUGACGGAAAACCUUGAUCGUGAAAAAUAUACGAUAUACAUGUGUGAUCCUCCAGGUUACGGUUUGAGUCGACCACCGAACAGAGAUUUUUCACCGGGAUUUUUGUACCGCGACGCUGAUAGUGCCAUUGCGCUUAUGGAGACGUUGGGUAUCGACAGAUAUUCGAUGUUGGGCUGGUGUAACGGCGGGUGCACCGCGAUGAUCGCAGCGUCCAGGGCCGCAGAUCGGGUCGAUAAGCUGGUGGUGUGGAGCUGCAACGCUUACGUCACGGCCAAAGACCUCGAAGAGUAUGAGAAGACACGCGACGUCCAAGGCUGGCCUGAUGCAAUGAGAAUUCCGCAAUGCGGAAUGUACGGUGAGAAGUACGUGUCGGAAACUUGGUCCGGAUGGAUAGACGCUUUUCGGAAAAUUCUCGACGAUGACGACGGCGAUGUAUGCCGCGGCGAACUAGCCAAGAUAAACGCGCCCACGCUCAUUCUGCAUGGAGCAAAGGAUGUGCUCGUACCGGUCGAGCACGGUGUAUAUCUGCACGAAAACAUCAAACGGUCGACACUUGAAAUAUUUCCAGAAGGCCCGGCAUAUCAUACAUAUGAUGUACCCUAAAAAGUUUGUUUCGAUAAUGGAUAACUUUCUCUCUUCUAUGCAGUAGUGCAUAUGUAACCAAAAUCAUUUGUCAUACAUUUAUAAGCUAUAAUAUUGUGAAUGACUUAAUAUCACAAGAAGGUAUUAAGUGUUGAAUUAUCAUAAAAUAUAAUGUUAUAACUAAAUGCCA